AUGCAAAGCAACUCUCAACCAACAUCACCUACAUCGGCUUCGACAUCAAUGUUGAUGAAUAGACCAAAGGCUGUCCCACCACCAACAACAUCAAGAUCAUUCAUUAGCAAAGACAGCAAGGACAACAAGGACAAGGACAACAACAGUGACACUUUAGUUGGAAAUGGCAGUAUCAGUAGCUUCAUCAAUUCAAAAAGAGAUGGAAAGCCACCUCCUGUGCCCAGGAGGGCACCAGGUACAUUCACUCUUACUGGCAAUGAGUUGUCUACAAUGUCAACACCCUUGUCUCCAAAGGCAACAGAUACACAGGCUCAGACACAGACUCAAACACAGACACAGACACAGACAAAGCCAAGGACAGCUACAAUGACUACUACAAAGUACACACCUCCAAUGAGGCCAUUGACUGGAAGUGGCGGCAAUAAUAAUAAUAAUAAUGUCGCGUCUGGGACGAAGCCACCAAUCGUUCCACCUCGAACUGUAUCAUCACCGCCUCAAUCACCUCUACAUAAUGGUGGCGCUACAUCUGGCGCACCAAUAUCAUCAUCAAAAUCAGAGAGUGAUGAGCGAUUGUUGAAGCGCACCGAGAAGAAGUUCACCUUGUUGAACUCAUCACCAACUAUGACCACGACGACUACUCCAACAAUGACAUCGACAUCGACAACAGCAUCACCAAUCAAACUUAACAUAUCAAACACAUCAAAUUCAUCUGCUGGAGGCUCGGACGACGAUGACUCUUCGCCUACACUGGCGCCAAAGUCCACCCCACUCGAGGACUCAGGGAGAAGGAGCAGGGGCGCGACAUUCCGUGCCAAGCUCAAGGUCGGUGGUGGAUCAAGCGAGCAGAUCGAUGCCAAGGACUUGCUGGCCGAAUGUCUACAGCGCGUGGAGUCACAACAGCAACCAUCGCGCAAGUCACGCGUGCCAGUGAUCAGCAAGAGCACACCAACCAACAAUGUGAUCCGCGAGCUGAUUGAAACAGAGGCCGACUAUCUGGACGACAUCAACACAAUGAUACAAUACUAUAUGAACAGCUUGUAUGAGUUGGCCGAGAAGGGUGCCACAUCAAUCAAGGCCGAAGAGAUCUUCCAAGUCUUCUCCAACAUCGAAGAGUUGGUCCUAAUCAACACCAAGCUAUUCAACUCACUCAUCCAACUGAUACCAGACCUGGAGCUCAAUCGCUAUCCCAAGGUCGAUCAUAUAUUCUUCAAGAAUACCAAUGCACUGUACAGAUACGUCACAUAUGUUAAGAAUCAAGAGCAUAGUUAUAGAAUAAUACAUGGAUGGGAAAACAGUAGUUCAGUAUCAACUAUACUUAGUACAAUCAAAUCACAUCCACAUGUAAAGAGUCUUGACCUGGCAUCAUAUAUUAUCAAGCCAGUUCAAAGACUGUGUAAAUAUCCAUUGUUGCUAAGAGAACUCAAGAAGACUGUUCCAGAGGAGAAUGAACAACAUAGAUCAUAUGAGAGAGCUGCCAAGCUUAUGGAGAAGAUCGUUGCCGACAUCAAUGGCAAUAUAAGGAACGAAGAGAAGAUUACAGAGCUGAGGGAUAAGCUAGGGAAGGAUCAUUAUAGUUUAUUAUUUAAGAAGACUUUCAUAAGGGAAGGAAAGGUCAAACAGUACAAAGGUGAUUCAGGUGUCAAGAGUCAAGAUGCUGUAUUAUAUCUAUUGGAUGACACUGUUAUCAUCUACAAGACUUCAUUUGUCUUGUUGUACAAUCAAGCAAGAGUCAUAUCAUUCUGUCUAUCAGACAUCAUUGAUGUCAAGGGCAUAGAGAGCAAAGAUGUUAAACAUGGAUUUGAGAUACAGUAUAGUAAUCAAUCAAGUAAGGAACAAGUUAGACAGGUGUUCUCAGCUGAUAACUACACAGACAAACUCCUGUGGAUCAGUGAGUUGGAGGAUGCCAUCCAUGCCUACAAGGUCCUAACACAGAACUGGUCUGGUGAGGCCGAUCUCUCACCUGACCGAGUGAUUGCCUAA